AUGUCAGAUCCAGAAGUUGCACAGACAGUGGAAUUAACGCCACGCCAAGUCUUGAAGAAAAAUGCAUUGCCAAUCAUUGAAUGUUUCUACAUUGGAUUCUUACUUGGAGUUAAUGACGGCAAUUUCGGUAUCAUUUUACCAAGACUCAAGGAGUACUAUAAUAUCAGUGACAGUCUUGUAUCAAUUCUUUUUAUUUGCCAAGCCGUUGGUUAUUUCCUUUCGGCUUUCCUCAAUGGAUGGCUGGUAAAAAAACUGAAGGCAUUGGGAGCUUUGUACCUUGGCUCUGUCACUACUGUCAUCGUCUAUGUUCUCCUUCUCAUUGGUUUACCCUUCCCUGCCAUGUGCUGUUUUAUGGCUCUUCUCGGUGGUGCUCUUGCUUUAUUGGAUGCUGGUUGCAAUGUAUACCCUUCAUUCUUACCUUAUGCUACGACUAUUUUAAAUUUUAUUCACGCUUUUUACGGUCUGGGUGCCUUGGUCGGUCCAUUGAUUGCCUCAUCGUUGUUGGCCAGUAACUUGUCAUGGAAGGUAUCGUACAUGAUUCUAUGCGGUUUGGCAGUCUUCAAUUGCAUACUGUUAUGGGUGUCGUUCCGAAAAGUGGCAAUCCCAGAACACAAUGAAGAAGAUGAAGAUGUAGCAGAGGAGGCAACGGUGGAAAAUGGUUCCGGAAUUGUGGAAGAAAAGCAGCCAGCCAAAAAGCGCGGUCUCUUUACUCAGGUCGUUCGACUCAAAUACACCUGGAUCGUCGCCAUCUUCUUGCUAUUCUAUGUCGGUAUUGAAACCACCAUUGGUGGCUGGGGAUAUACCUUCUUGACUGUCGCUCGAAACGGAGAUGCUGUGCAGAUGGGUCGAGUCAUGUCAGGCUAUUGGGCGGGUUUGACGGUUGGCCGAGUGAUUCUUGGACACAUCACAGGCAUGUUUGGUGAAAAGCGUAUGAUCACCUUGUACUGUAUCGUAACAUGUGGCAUGACUAUUUUGAUCUGGAAGGCAACUUCCAUCGGCGCUGAUGCUGCAGGCUUGGUCAUUGCCGGCUUUUUCUUGGGACCAAUGUUUCCUACAGCUAUUGCAAUCACGCAUCAAACGCUGCCAAAGUACUUGCAUGCUACCGCUAUUGGAUUCAUUGCUGCCUUUGGACAAGGCGGUGUUGCAUUCUUCCCUUUCAUCAAUGGUCAAAUUAUUGAUAAAGCUGGAAUUGGUGCCAUGAUGCCGUACACGCUCGGUUUGAGCUUGGCAGCUACCAUUAUUUGGAUUAUGUUGCCCGUCAAAACGCCAUCAUAUGACAUUAUCAUCAACGCCUGGAAGAAAAUCGUAAAAUCUGAAGAUAAACCAGUGAAUCCUCAACCGGAAGAGAUUACAGAGACUUCCGUUCCUGUGAAUGAGGAGAAGAGUACCAACAAUUGA